AGGUGGCUCCCGAACUGGAGGCUGGAGCAAGAUGGCUGCAUGCAGGCCUGCCUUGAGUCUCCCCAGGUGACCACAGAGCCCUCCACCGCGACUGCGACCGUCCCCCAUGCCUGGAGCUCUCCUGGAGCCAUCACUGCCAAGUUCAGCCGAUGAUUUUUUUUUUUUCAAUGUGAUACUAGAGAUUUUCUUCAGUACAUGGAAGACCUUUUUGCUUUUUAAUUUAUUUAUUUGUUUUCUCUGAGCCGGGCCUCUCCCCACUCCCGCUACCAUGAUGGCUCAGUCCAAGGCCAACGGCUCGCACUAUGCGCUGACGGCCAUCGGCCUGGGGAUGCUGGUCCUGGGGGUCAUCAUGGCCAUGUGGAACCUGGUCCCUGGCUUCAGCGCUGCUGACAAGACGACGGCUCAGGGGAACAAGACAGAUGUAAGCAGUGGCAUCCUUAAGAGCAAGACCUUCUCGGUGGCCUACGUGCUGGUCGGGGCCGGGGUCAUGCUGCUGCUGCUGUCCAUCUGCCUGAGCAUCCGCGACAGGAGGAAGCUGCGACAGAGCGAGGAGCUGGCCCGCAUCCAGCAGCAGGCGGGGGCUGGGCCCCCCGCCCAGGAGGAAGACAGCCAGGAGGAAGAGGAGGAGGAGGCUUCCUCCAGGUACUACGUCCCCAGCUACGAGGAAGUGAUGAACACGAGCUACUCAGAAGCCAGGGGACAGGAGCAGAACCCACGGCUGAGCAUCUCUCUCCCGUCCUAUGAGUCGCUGACGGGGCUCGAUGAGACCACCCCCACCAGUACCAGGGUGGACGUGGAGACCAGCCCGGGGCAUGCUCCGGACAGACAGAACUCCAAGUUAGCCAAACACCUGAAGCCUCUCAAAGUUCGAAGAAUUAAAUCUGAAAAACUUCACCUCAAAGACUUUAGGAUCAACCUCCCAGACAAAAAUAUCCCUCCUCCCUCCAUCGAGCCUUUGACGCCUCCUCCACAGUACGAUGAGGUCCAGGCGAAGGCCCCGGAUGCACGGCCACCCGACUGAACGGCCCCUGUGACCGGGUCCCCUGCUGCCUCGCCCAAUGUACCGAUCACCGACUGCACCGGAGGCCCUUCAGACGCAGAAGAAGUGCUGACUCACUCUUAGCCUCUGGGGGGAGGGGAAGAGCGCUCACAGCAGGUGCAUCGGAAGGAAGGAUGCUGCCUGAGUGGGGGUGGGGGUGCGAGUCCCUGGACCACCACAGGGGUGCAGCAUCUUCCCCACCUUCCUUCCCAACUGCAGAUCGUUGGUGACACACUCCUCUUCUGAGCUGGGACGGGAUCCCUCGUGACUGCUGUUAGAUUGCGGCUGUUUAGUCUUGCUUCCACUACAGUUCUGUUUCCAAAAGAAAAACCAAGUGCUGUGUUUGCUUUUUUCACUGGAGUUUUGAACGGGACAGGGGGAGGGAGGGAGAAAAUCAGGCUCAUCCUUGCUAAAGGGACGCAGGUCGGUCUUGUGAAUGAAACGAUGAUGUGGGGGGCCGGCCCAGGGGGUGUCUCUCUAGGAUGGCCCCAAGUGCUUUGGGGUUUUUGAGGGCACAGGACCUGAUGACCUUUGGCACACGGCACAUCAUCGUCUAGCAGGUACGAUUCACCAGUCUCUCCUGGGUAGAGACGAGAGGAAAGCCGAGUGACCUGCUCCUUCUCGAAUGCUGUGUGUCUGAGGUUUUUAUAAUAAAGUAUUUUAUAUGUA